AUGGAUAUCCUUCAAAAGGGCUAUAAUGUUAUUUUGGCACCUCCAAAGGUUCAACAGGCUGAUGAAACAAUCUCAAAACUUUGUGACCGUUUAGAACAUGCUACACUGUUUGAAGACAGGAAGGCUGCAAUUCUAGGGCUUAAAAGUUUUUCGAAAUCUUUCAAAGAACUUGUCGCAGCUCAAGGGCUUCGUGGCAUUAUUCAAUCUUUGCAACGGGAUAAAGAGGAUGUAGAGAUCUUACGAGCUUCACUUGAAACAUGCUUAGUGCUGAUGUCUAAUGAUGAUGAGGACCAGCUUUCAGACACUGCCUUGUGGGUUGCCGAUCAAUUCAUUCUUCAGCCAGACAAUAUCAACGAGCUGCUCGAAAACGUUCAAAGCAGAGACUUUUUCGUUCAGCUAUACAGCAUUGAAGUAUUUUCGUGUGUACUAGUCUGUAGACCUGCUGAGCUCCAGGAUAUUCUUUUAAAGAUUCCCGCAGCUAUCGCUACACUGCUACGGCCACUUUCCGAUUCACAUGAUGCGCUUCGUAAUGCGACCCUGCACUUCUUCAUAAAGCUCGUAUCUCAUUCUCCUAAUCUUCAGAAAGUCGCCGCUUUUGAGAAUGCGUUUGACUAUGCAUUCGACAUUUAUCAGGAGGAAGGUGGAAUUAUUGGCGGCAUGAUUUCUUUAGACUGUCUAAAAUUCAUUUCUCUUCUACUGGAGGAGAACUCUUCUAACCAAAACUACUUUCGCGAGAUGAACUUGUUCCCCAAAAUUGCCUACCAUCUAAAUCUCGAAACAAUUAAUGAUUCCCUUAAACUUCCACGCUGUGCUGAUAAUGUUAUUGCGCUUCUUAAAAUCAUUCGGUUAUUGGCUCCUUUGUACUCUCUUUCCAGCCGCAGCAAUCAACUACAAUUCAUGCGUUGCGGUGUUAUUGAUGUGGUUCUUCGACUGGCUUUUGGAACCACUACAUUUCCUACUGAUAUUUGCGUUGAAGCUUGGACCUCUUUAGCACACAUUGUUCACGCAAAUGCUGAUACCCAAUUAGCCGUUUAUCAAAAUGGAUACUUUACGGUUUACGAUUUAGAUGCUUUUAAUGCUUUCCUCCAUGUGAUCUAUGACAAACAUUUAGAGGUCAAUCAUCGUUAUGCGGCUGUUUUUUGUCUUCGUUCUCUAACAACUGAAAACGAUGAUCUGAAAAACUUAUUUUUAGAGCAAACACUUAAGGCUUACGCAAAUCAUGACGACGGUCAAACAAAUUUGUUGGAAACAUAUCUCAGUCUCGGCUUAUUUGAGAAUUCCAAGACCUAUGAAUGCUGGUUUACUAGCGUUAUUCUUUCCUUGCUUAUUUUCGACAGUCCGGAAAGAAAAAAGAAGUUAUGUUCCGUUACCAUCCAUUGCGAGACUGACGAGGAAGAGGCUGUAACUUUUAUACAAACACUAUCAACCAAACUUAUUGCUGUUCUUCGACACAAUGAUGCGUUACAAACCGCAGUUGGCUACCUAAUGCUUUUGAUACUUAUGAUGGCUAACGAUGCUGAUUGCGUGAAUGACUUUUUAUCUGAAGGCAGUGUUCUACAAAUGCUCGUCGGAACAUUAAUUGAUGAGUCAUCUUCAGCUAACGCUACUAUUCAGGGUUUAAUUGCAACGUUACUUGCAGUUGUCUACUAUUAUUGCCCAGAAAACUCGCCGAUCUCGAAGUCUAACAUUUAUGGCAUUAUAGAUUCAAUGGUAAAACGUGACAUUUUUGUUCACAGACUGUUACGCCUACGACAAUCUGAACAAAUCAGAGAUUUUGUAUCUUUCGAUCAAGAUAAUCAUUGUACAACAUUACUCUUUGACGACUUGUUUAUCAAUUUUUUUAAAGAUAAUUUUGAGAGAAUCAAGAAAGCUAUCGAUACUGCUGCCACCGAGUUUCACGUUGAAAUAGACGGCGUGAAAAUUCAUGAUCUCCUGGACCAUGCUAGGCAAGAAUUAAGGGAACUUCGCGCAGAAAAAGAGUCGAUGUAUGAGGAAGUACAGAAUUUGACCGAGAAGUGUGACUUAUACAGAAAACAAUCCGACGCAGUCAACAGUAAAUUAGAGUCUCUUCAAACCGAGUCUAGCGAACAAUUACAAGCCUAUGCUUCUGAGUUGGAAGAACUGCGUAAUUCGUUACACAAAGAGAUUGUUGAGCAUGAAGUAAACAAAUCUACUGUGAAGAGCUUGGAAGACGAAAUUCUUAUACUUCGGAAAGGACAUGAGGAUGAGAUUAAGGGCUUCACCGAGGAGAACAUGUCGUUAAACGACAUCGUAAAAGACUUGAAAACAAAGUUAACCACUACGGAACAAUAUUGUCGGGAUGCAACAGCUAAAAAUAAAUCCAUGGAGAAAGAACUGAAGGCUUUAGAAAAGCAAAAUGAGAGGUAUCGUCAGGACAUCGAAACUACAAAGCAACUUUUGGAAAAGAGUAAUGCAAAAUUGAAUGCUAUCACUAAGCAACUUAACGAUGAACUUCAAGAAAAUGAAGAGCUGAAGAAGAAAAAUAUCUUCUUUGGACUUGCAAUUGCAAGAUCUAAGCAAUGUUCUGCACUCGAAGAAACGUUAAAGAACAAAGAAUUGGAAUUAAGUUCAUUGAAAGAUACCACUAAAAAUCAACAGAACGAACUCCGGCUCUCUAAGAAGAAGUACAAAGAAGCGACUGCAGCUGUUGAUGAACUGAAAACCAAAAAUACUGAUAAUUUGAAGAAGGAGGAAGCCCUUGAAAAACGGGUAAACGAACUUGAGGGUAUUGUUGCUAAAAGAGAAGACGAGAUGAACGAUCUGAAUACACAACUGGAAAACUUGAACGCUAUGAAGAAAGAAAACUCGGAACUGAAGUUAAAGAAUCUGGACCUUCAAUCCGAAUUAACUUCUGUAAAAGAACUGAAAGACGCUACGGAAAAAGAGAACAAUGAACUCAGAAAGUCAUCGUCUGUCGCCUCAAACCAAGAAUCGGAGUUUGCUAAGUUGAAAACACGCAUCCAGGAAAUGGAAGCUGCACUUAAAGAGGCAGAAAAUACUGCACAAGCUUUAACACAAGAGAAGGAUAAUCUUGAGCAAAAAGCCAAAGAAUCGGACGAAUCUUGGUUAUUAAUUCUCGAGGAGAUGGAGAACAAGCGGAAACGGGACAGAGAAAGACUGAAGGAGUUGGGACAAGAAGUUUCAGAGGAUGAAGACAGCGCCGAGGAAGACGAUGAGGAGGCAAAUGUCUAG